AUGCUUCUGCAGCUCAGCAUCAAGGGGAUUUUUGAGGGCUUCCUUCCAAAGGACACCAUUAUCCACAAAAGAGAGAAAGAUUGACACAUCUGGGGAAAAGAAGAUGACCUGCAGAAUGGUGUGCCACAAGAAGCCACAGUUCUUGGGACAAUCCAAAUCCUAUUUGGCCUGACGAUUGCAAGCUUGGGGGCUGUUUUGAUUUCUGCUUCCUACUCCUCCCACUUCAACCCAGCAGCAUCUGCCACCAUGAUGCCCGGGUUCCUGUUUGUAGGAGCCCUGUUUGCAAUGGGCUGUCUGAUGGCAAACACAGCAAGUUUUGUUGCUGCUGGAGUUGGCCUCUUCCUCCUCACUCACAGUCUCAUAGCCCUGAAUAUUGCCUCUAUACACAGCCCUUCAGGAAAGAAGAGUCUAUCUUUGCUGCUUUCUUCGGAGCACUACUAUUUGACAGAUGAAGAAAAGAACUGUCUCCUGGCUGAUGUUGGCAUAACAAGUGGUCUGGUGAUAAUGCUUGUCUUCACUGCACUGGAACUUUUGCUGGCUCCAUAUGCAUCUGCCUUUUGGCAGAAAGAAGUCUGCUCCAACAAGCCUGAGAGUGUACUUUUCUUGCCUAAUCGCAAGCUCACACCCAACAUGUCAAAAUAGAUCUUUAAAGGUCAGGGAUAUG